UCACAUCGGAGAGUAAAGAUUCGAGCGAAUACUUGAACAAAUCUGAUAAAAAUCUGUUGGUUUUUGGAAUUUUGUAGAAUGAGUUCGGCGAACAAAAACGCUGUGGAUAUUCCACAGAAGCGGGACAACGAGAAGGUAGAAGAUGAAGUGCCCCCGUGCAAGAAGGUCAAGCUUGAUAAUGAUGUGCAGACAGCUGUUCCCCAGUCUCCAACCGAGAAGACUCCAAUUGAUAUGCAGAGCGAUAAUUUCGAAGACAAGGCUGACAAGAAAACACAGGCGGACACAAAGCUAGAGGAUACUCCAAAGCAGAGUGGAGCUCACCCUAAAGACAGUUUGCUCCCGAAAAUGUGGCCCCAGCAGAACAAGGGAGAGGCAGAGGGAGAUGGAGGCCAGGGCAAGACAGGAACGCUUCAGCUCUUGGCGACACAACCACCAGAGGGUAUCAAACAUACCUUUUCCUUUGAGGCGAUGAAGCAUUCUCUAGUAGAGUCCCGUGUCCUGCACGCCACGUCGAAGGAAGAGGAGUCGACCAAGUGCUGCCGGUUCCACAGAGCCAAACCAGAGGCAGGAAAAGUUACCCAGAGCGCCAAUGCUCGCAUUGCUCGCAGAGAGCGCCAGAACGAAGCGAACAAGAAGGCCGCCUACGAGAACAUUCUGGCCUUCAUGUCCGAGAAGAAAGUCAUCUCCACUCUGAUGAAACCGCAUCACAACCCCAAGAUACGGCUAACCGAUGUACGCAUGGGGAUUUCGAGCAAGGCCAAACACCUUCAAUUCAAGAAUAUGACAUUUGUUUUCGAGGACGGGGGCGAAGAGGAUAUUUCCCACCUCUUCUAAGUUCAUAAGUACUUGUCCGUCU